GCAUAGCCUGUGUGCUAUCAUGCCAAACAAACACGGCAAUGGUGUUUGCAUUGGCAAGAACACAUUGAUCUUGGACCAGACUAUGUUAUGUGCAGCAGAAUGGAUUGCGAAAUUGUCUUUGACACAGUAUGCGCAUACACGUUAGGCCACUUUAUUCCGAUCGUCACUAGUAAAAGAAAAACGCCAAUUUCUACAAUUAAUCGUCAUAAAAUGUGAUUUUUAAACCGAACCCUAAAGGAAUACCAAAAUUAUUAUUUUUUAAAUAUUUUUUUACGAUGUAUCCAACUCUCCCUUUGUGGCUGUGGUAACUAUUGAAAUCCCUUAUUUCUCUGGCUGGCUGUCCAUGCAUCCUCCGGUCAAAGUGGAUUUAUUUCAAAAACAAAAAGUCAACAUCUUUCAGGAUACUCUACACUAAUGAAGAAUGGCGUGUAGUUUUGGGAAAAUCGUCGUCGGCGUGUACGUUGAAAUAAAGCGAAGCGAUGGCAGCUCUCUGGAAUAUACCAGGAGUACUCUCCUCCCUCAGUCUCUAGUCCUGCCAUUAGCCAGGCACUGAUGGGCUCUGCGAUGAAUGGAGGCAUCACUCAACCACAGAAUAGCCUACUGUGUGCCAUGAUAGCAGACUAUCAUAAGGACUUGAGGGACGAAUACACCAAGCCAUGGUCACGUCGUUGAAUGAAGACAAUGAGAGCGUCACUGUGGAGUGGAUCGAAAAUGGAGACACCAAAGGGAAAGAGAUUGACUUGGAGAGUAUAUUUGCACUAAACCCAGAUGUGGCCCCAGAAGAGGAGAUCGCCCCCAGCCCAGAGACCCCUCCCCCACCAAAGCCCACCUCUGUGAAGGUCAACAAGAUCUCCAAGCAGAACCGACGAACAAUAGCGCCCACUAAGAAUGGCACUCCAUCCAGGGAUAACAGAGUGGUGUCGACCCGGGCCAGACAUGCUCCACCCCAGCAGCCAGAGCCUUCUCCUCCUCCUGCCCAGCAGCCAGCCCAGCCCACCCAGGCCCAGACAGCCCAACAGUUAGCCAAUGAAGCGUCAUUGCAUCAGCUAAGCAGAAAGGAGUUUGGACAGCUUUCGAGGAGGAAGUCCAACUGUGUGAAGGAAGUGGAGAAACUGCAGGAGAAGAGAGAGAGACGACGGAUACAGCAACAGGAGCUGAGGGAGAAGAAGGCACAGGAGGUGGACACCACUGUCCCUAACUAUGAGAUCCUGCAUAUGAUCAGAGACUUCCGUGCCAGUCUGGACUACCGGCCGCUGUCCACCACAGAUCUGAUUGAAGAGCACCGAAUAUGUGUUUGUGUGAGGAAACGUCCACUCAACAAGAAAGAGUUGACUAUAAGGGACCUGGAUGUGAUUACCAUCCCCAGUAAGGAUGUGGUGAUGGUCCAUGAGCCCAAGCAGAAGGUGGACCUGACACGCUACCUGGAGAACCAGACCUUCCGCUUCGACUACGCCUUUGAUGACAGCACCACUAAUGAAAUGGUUUACAGGUUUACUGCCAGGCCCCUAGUGGAGACCAUCUUUGAGAGGGGCAUGGCCACGUGCUUCGCCUAUGGACAGACUGGUAGUGGCAAAACACAUACUAUGGGUGGAGAUUUUUCUGGAAAGAACCAGGAUUGUUCUAAAGGGAUUUAUGCAUUAGCUUCUCGGGAUGUGUUUGUCAUGUUGAAGAAACCCUGCCACAAGAAGUUAGAUCUUCAGGUGUACGCAACCUUCUUUGAAAUCUACAGUGGAAAGGUGUUUGACCUGCUGAAUGGUAAGGCUAAGCUCCGGGUGCUGGAGGAUGGGAAGCAGCAGGUGCAGGUGGUGGGGUUGCAUGAGAGAGAUGUCAAAUGCACAGAGGACGUCCUCAAACUCAUAGAAGUGGGCAACAGCUGCAGAACGUCAGGGCAGACCUCGGCCAACGCCCACUCGUCCCGUAGCCACGCCGUGUUCCAGAUCAUUCUGAGGAGGAAGGGGAAGAUGCAUGGCAAGUUCUCCCUGAUCGACCUGGCGGGGAACGAGAGGGGGGCCGACACAUCCAGCGCUGACCGCCAGACACGCCUGGAGGGCGCUGAGAUCAACAAGAGCCUUCUGGCACUAAAGGAGUGCAUCAGGGCGCUGGGACGGAACAAACCACACACUCCAUUCAGGGCCAGCAAGCUCACACAGGUCCUCCGAGACUCCUUCAUAGGGGAGAACUCCCGCACAUGCAUGAUAGCCACCAUCUCUCCUGGCAUGACAUCCUGUGAGAACACCCUCAACACGCUACGCUACGCUAACAGAGUAAAGGAGUUUGGGAUCAGUCCCUCAGACAUCCCCUUCUCCCAGGGCGGUGGAAUUCGCUCGGAGCUCUCGCCCACCCAUGAAGUGAAGGAGUUGACGGUGGACGCUAACCAGGUGACCGAGGGGGUCCGGCCCAACAUCCAUGUGGUGGACCUGCUGGACUAUGACUGGGACCACCUGGGCAGCUCCCCCCAGAGAGACGACCUCAAACUGCUCUGUGAGCAGAACGAGGAGGAGGUGUCACCCCAGCUCUUUAACUUCCAUGAGGCUGUGUCUCAGAUGGUGGAGAUGGAGGAACAUGUGCUGGAGGACCACAGAGCUGUCUUCCAGGAGUCUAUCCGGUGGCUGGAGGAUGAGAAGGUUCUGCUGGAAAUGACUGAGGAGGUGGACUAUGAUGUGGACUCCUACGCCACUCAGCUAGAGCAGAUACUGGAUCAGAAGAUUGAUAUCCUCACUGAGCUCAGAGGUGUCUACUGUGAUGUCCUCACAUGCUGCAUCCAUUGCAGCCAGCAGGGUCAUCUGUGUGUGGCUGACGAUCGUACACCUUCCACCUCCAUGCUGAAAAUAACUCCUCAAUUGGGUUAAGGAAUGGUGAAUAAGGAGGAGGAAUUCUAUGAGCAUCCUCAGAUAAAGUGAAGUCGUUCCGCUCGUCGCUCCAAGAAGAGGAACAAGCCAGUAAGCAGAUCAAUCCUAAGAGGCCACGUGCCCUGCUGUAGACCAGACCUGACAUGGGAGGGGGAUGUGGUCUGUGUGUGGAAUGGGCAGUGGCACAAAACUAUAAAAACGUGGCACAGCUGUCACAAAGAAACGGACUCAUCUGUUUUCUAAUCAGGCUCACCACGGAUGUCAUCAGAAAUAACUGGAGGGGAAUGCAACCGUGGAUCCCUUUUAUAGCUGAUUUUACAUUUUCACUCUUGUUUUGCCCUGUUCUAUUUUAUUUUUUGUACUUUAAAUUGAACGGCUGUUGACUUGUCUUCAUCAGAGACCUCCAUGUUGGUUGUGCUUUUGGGUUAUACAACACCAGUGUUGUGUAUUCUGGUAGGUCUGAUUGACAUGUAUGCAUGUGCAACUCUCUGUUGGCCUCCAACGUGUGUGGUUGGUUCCCUGCUCAGUUGGCACUGUACAGAAUAGACAUUACUCUGUAGGGCCAGUCUUUCUUUCCCUCUUCAAUUUCCUGAGUUGAGAGGAAGUCAAAUCUAGUUGUGGUUCUCAUGUCUUACCAGUCCUUGUCUAUAGUUUGAUUCUGUUUUGUUCUCCGUUAUUUAAUACUGCAAAAAGUCUUUUUUCACCCAUUUAACUUUGUAAAGACAAAUGUAUAGUAAAUACCACUGACCUACUGUUGCGUAUGUUUCUGUGUUUGCCACAGAUGUAACACUGGCGGAAGUAAUAAAGGGGAUACCUAGUCAGUGGUAA